AUGGCAGACCCAUUUUCGCUUGCAGCGUCGGCUGCGGGCAUCGUAUCUCUCGGUCUGACGGUAUGCUCGGGGCUCGCCUCUUAUAUCGAUGGAAUCAGAGAUCGCAAAUCCGAGUUGUCUACGCUAUCUACACAAGCACAAAAUCUUCAAGCCACUCUCAGCGUACUGAAAGGCGCAGAGUCAAGUAUUGUAGCCAUGCAUCCAGCCGGGGCGCCAGCCCUUGAAUCAGCGUUCAAGAGCGUAAAGGAGCAACUGCAGGCUUUGGAACUGUUCUUGAAGGAGCAACAAGACGCCUCAAGCCAGUCCUCGGGCAUGGUCGCGAGUUUAAAGGAACAGAAGAGAAAACUUACUUUUGCAUUCCAUCGCCCGACUCUCGAGAAGCUGCAGAAGAAACUCGACUCUGCGAACGGCGGUUUGCAAAUUAUCCUCCAUGUGCUUGGCUUAGCGGCCACAGCUGCGGUAAACACCACGAUCUCCGAAGUCAACACUACAGUAAACGAUUCGCACUCAACGAUCCUGAGCGUUGAAUCAGGUAUCAGGUCUCUGGAAACGUCAAUGUCGUCUAUGUCUCUCUCGACAACAACUAUCAUCAGGGAAGAACUUGCUGAGGUGAAACAGUACCUCAUGGCACAAUCACGUCUUCUCGAAGCAGCAAGAGCAUCCACAGAUAUGGACCCAUCGCAGCUCGCGUUGGGGAGGCUCUUGUCGAAACCCAGUGAUCUGAGGGAUGCAUGUGAUAUCUACCAGCGAACCACUACUCCUGCUUAUGGUGCAGUGACUCGACCACGACAUUCUCAACAAUCCUACGGAUCCUCGACGAUUGGCACUCAGACACUAUGCGACUGCGAGCUAAAAAUGUUCAAGCAACAACAGUGCACAACAAUUCGGAAUUUCCACCUAAUCAGAAAAGCAACAACCAGGCAAAGGCAUGUUCCAGGCUGCGAAUUCGAGGCGUCUGAUCCGCUCGUGACUGAGCAGGUCAGGCAAAUAUCAUAUACUGGAUUUCGAAGCCUUCUCUCGGUUGCACUGGAACUCUCGAUUUCGUGGAGUUCGGGGGCCGGUGGAUCAAGUAUCGCUCGGACCAUUACUUUCAGACCGAUGGUAGAUGAGACGAAAUCACCGGUCUUCCGGAUCAUUAAUCUCCUGAGAAAGUUCUACACUUGGCCAAACCUGAUUUCGAAAGGAAUGACAGACGACAUUGAACACGUUUUAGAGCUCGCAACUGGCGCCAUACUUAGAGUAUCUCGAGCUUCUUAUCCGCCCAUCACAGUUUCCUCAGUGAGACGCCUUAUGGCUGGAGGAUUGGCUGGCUGUAUAUUCGACUACAGUGGCAGGUCACCGUUCGAUGUUUUACUCGAAAGUUCAGAUUCGCCAUAUAGCUCUGUCUCCGGAUUUAUGCCAGUCUUCGACAUGAUGUGUUCACUCAACUCAGAUACCGUAUCCCGAAGCAAUAGAUCGAGCAUGGCCCAAACUCGCUGGCCGUUUGCACUACUCCGGUGGGAUGUUGUUUUGAACAAGUACCCACAUAUGGCAGAGCCGCUUGGCUUUGGCCCAUUGAGCAUAUCUAUUGUUUCCGGAAACGAGGCUCACGUGCGAAGUCUAUUGAGCAAGGACCCUACUGCCAUUGAAGAAAUAAAUCAUGUCGGGCAGACAGUCUUCCACCUUGCAGCGUCACAUGCCACGCCCGAGCUCCUGAAUGUCCUUCUCGAAACUGUUCACUAUGACUCGAAAAAAUAUGACACCGCGGACGCGUGCGGAAUGCACGCCAUGGACCUCGCAGCAAAGAAAGCGAUUGAGAUUUGCCGGAAUGGGGAUGCAUGGGAUAUGUGCACACAAUGCGCGUGCUGCGCCUCCUUUCGUACACUGCGGUCUUAUGGAUGGCAACCUUUCCGAUAUUGCUCUGAUCUGUGCCGUCUGCUAUAUGAAACAUCUCAUGCAUGCAGGUUGGAAAUAAUAUCGACAAUCAAGAAACUCAAAGAAGAGUUACGAGAAAUAGGCCGCCAAUGUUUAAGUCCCUCUGAAGUCCGGCGUUUCCACCUAGACCGUGAAUGCGUUCUCGAUGGCCACACAGAUAGCGUCAUACACGCGUUACUUCGACGAGAACGCAAUAUUCCCGAAAGAUACAGAGAUAUUAAGCGGACAAAUGGAGCAUCUAUCUAUCAUACCCUGUCGUGGUGGCCGUUCGAACACAGUGUCAGGCUUGCAGAUCUUUUGUUUAGUAAGGGCUUUGAGGACGUGGACCACGAGAUGAAGCCUGGUAUAACACCUCUUGUGUACGCAGUGAGAUGUGCCGGAUACUCAGGCUUACCCUUCAUGCUCUGGCUUGUGCGUCAUGGUGCUGAUAUCUUGAGGCCCUAUCCUAUCCCUGAGGCACACUGGCUCAACCCCUCUCAUACAGUGGCGCACGAAGUCUUGAACUUGCGGAACUACCGGGAUCCUUCUGAUAUAAUGUCUCUUGACUUCGAAAUGUUACGGGAACUUACCCUCGAGGUCGCGUCAUUGACGCUACUUGACGAAUGCCGGUGUGGCUGCGUAGAACCGAGGGGCUGCACUACGACAACAACGCUUUUCCGCUGGUCGUGGAUAUCAUUCUUCGAGCGUCAUGCUAAUUGGGAGUAUCAGCCAGUCUGGACCGAAGAAGAGGAAGAAACACACACAGAACGUGGAACUGGUUUAUACACGGACAAUGAAUCCCCUCGAGAGUCCAUGCCGGAAGGGACGCGCUUGGACAAUGAGAUUUGCUCCAAGAAAGCAAGCACAUCAUCUUUACAAGAAGAUACGGAAACCGAUGCACCAUUGGAAGAUGGUGUGGGGGAGCCCAAAGUUACGCCACUACGGAGAGGUACCAGUGCCUUUUCAUACUUUUUGCGACGACUAGCAGUCGAGCUUACCUUGUGGAAACAUGUAUCUACCUCUGCUCUGAGGUAUUUCACUUUCCAGGCUCUGGAUUUGCGGCAUACGUGUGACUGCAGGAAAAACGGGAAGCCCUAUUCCGAUGACGAGAUCAACGAGAUGCACGAGGAAGACCGAGUUUCGCUGGGUCUCUUGGACGAGUUAGUUGACGAAUUCACCACGGAAUUGCAUGAUUCAGGAGAUACAUUUGCGCGAUUCUUGAAUCGGUAUUGGGUUGGUCGCAUGGAAACAGUCCUGCACGACUUGGAGGAAGCCAAAAUGACGGCAGAUCAAGUACUGGCAGCAGAGCAGGUGGGAGUCAGGUGGGAUACAGAUAGCAAUGGCGAAGGGGGACCCUCUCGACCACCACCACCGACAGACUCAGAAAUAGUAGAGGGCCUGAUUAAUCAGAUCAACGAGAUUGUCGCCGCGUCUACGUAG